CGUGUGCGCAGUGGCGGCGGUUGGUCGCACAGCCGUUGAGACCGAACCGGAGGGCGGAGGACGACCAACGGGCGGAAUAUCCCAUGAAGCGGCAGCCUCACCGGAGAGGUGUCAGCGCUAAAUGAAGACUGGAAAGUUGUCGUCUUGUGCGGUGUGACUAGUUUACAUGUAUCUGAAGGUGUGGGCCGAUAAUGCCGGACGGUGAAACCUGAUGAAGUUCACCAGAGAUAUCUGCCGGCUGCUGGGCUUGGGAGGCGAUGGAGCAGGUGAGGACGAGAUGGAGGUUCAGGAUGGAGCUUCUGCUCUGAUGGACAGAAGAAAAGACCAAGGCUCCUCACAGGUGAUGCUGAACAGUGAGGACAGUUUGGACGAUGAGGAGAAAACCAGAAGGAGGGCAGAGAGGAGGAGAGCUAAAAGGAAAAGGCAGAAAGAACGGAAGAAACUGGAGCGAGAGGAGAGGAUGGAGGACGCUUCAGAGCAGGAAGAGGAAGUGGCCAGAGCAGUGUCAGAGAGUGACAGCGAGGAGGAACUGAAAGAGGAAGAGGAAUGGACCGCUGUCCGUCCCAGAAACAGAUGCCACCCCGAAUCAGUGCCUGCCCUUGUGAUGGACCACAAGAGCAGCCACCAUUUGCCCCACAGGACCUCCGAGGAGUUAAGAAUGAAGCUGAAUGAAGCACACCACACUUUCCUUGGACCAAGGAAAGAGGACCAAGACCUCUAUUUUAAGGAGCCAGAGUGGGACGUCAGCAGUGCAUUUGUAGCCAAAGUUGCGAGCCACAUCAAACUCAAAACCCUGAAGAGCAGAACGACACAGUUCUCCAGAGAAAACAAGGAGAAUGAGGCCAGAGGCAGCCAGGUGGAGAACACAGAAGAAAUGAGGAGGAGAGGGGAGUCUCUCACAGUGCAGGGCAUCCAGAUGUUCGGUCAAGGCCAGUACAGCCAAGCAGUGGACAUGUUCACACAAGCCAUCUACUGUGACCCCAACGACCACAGGUUUUAUGGAAAUCGCUCUUACUGUUAUUGGUGUCUGGAGCAGUACUGCCCUGCCCUAACAGACGCCCAGAGAUCAAUUCAGCUGGCUCCUGAUUGGCCGAAGGGACACUUCCGUAAGGGCUGUGCUCUGAUGGGGUUAAAGCGGUACAGCGAGGCAGAGAAGGCCAUUGAGCAGGUACUGAAUUUGGAUCAGAACUGUAAGGAAGCAUCCAGCAAACUCUUCACCUGCCGCGUCCUUCAGCUCAAGGAGUUGGGUUUUGAAGAAGAGCAGAGUAAAAUGCUGCUGGACAAGUUCACCACCGUUCAGGCGGUCGUCACCUCAGCUGAGGCCAAAACACUGAAGCACACACCUCUGCAGGACCAGAGUGGGAGUUGUCGCUCUCUGUGGGUUGGGAACAUUACAGUGGAGGUCACAGAGAAAGACCUUGUGGAUCUCUUCAAAAUGUUUGGGGAGAUAGAGAGCAUCAGAGUGCUUCAUGAACGUUUCUGUGCCUUCGUCAACUUUAAGAAUGCCAACAUGGCCGCCAGAGCCCUGGAGAAGCUGCAGGGGGUGGAGCUGGGGAGCAGCAAGCUGGUGAUGAGAUACCCAGACCGAUGGAUCCAGAGGACCCUGCCCUCCAUACAAAGGACCAACAGCAGCCUCAGCUCCGCUGCAGCAGGAACACAGCAGAGCUCAGCUGUAGCAGGGAUGCUCUCCAGGCGCUGCGUACCUAUCGAUGGAGACGUGUGCUUCUACUGGCAGACCUCAGGCUGUUUCUACGGCGACAAGUGCCGCUUCAAACAUAUACCAGACCAACAAGGCCGAGACAAGAAACCAUGACAGCCCUAAUUGUGUACGCUCCUAAUCACCGAGGCACAUUAACGAAGGAUUUACAGAACAGGAAUGAGACGGAUAAUGAGGUGAAGAGGAUGAGAAGAUGCCUGAGAACUCUGACGAUGUGCGUGUGAGAAAAGACAGACGGUGAGUACGUGACAGCCAAAGUGCCAAACCUCAGGAAGACACUGAAAGAAUAAAUUCACGUGUUGCCACCAAUCACAGUGAGGUCCUCACAGGAACCAUCAGGAGUCUCUUUGCUCCAUUUGGAUCCUUAAAACAUGUCGAUGGACCUCUGGUUUUCAGCUUGGAGAAUCGCAGCUCUGCGGGAAGUACGUCAUCUGUCGUCAGAAGGAUUUAUGUUGAGUCGAAGAAUAUUGGAAACACUACCAAAGCCCAGUUCUAUGACAGACUUUCUCUUUACCACCACUGUCGAGUAGCUUUAAAGUCAAGAGUUAUUUUCAUAUUUUUGAAAAACAGAUGAAACAUUUGAAAUGUUUACUGUACAUACUGUAUUGCACAAAACAAUAAAUCAGUGAAACCAUGUUUCCUCAAAACCUCCA